GCGGAUUCGGGAGCUCAUCCGAACUGUAGCGUUUCGGCUGAUGCUGACAAAGAGAAUAAUCUUCGAGAACUAGUAAAUGUUGAUCAUGCUGCGUUGCGGAGAAGUUUUUUCUUUCCACCGACAGAGCGUUGGGAGCUUCAAAUAAAGGGAUCAGGCCGGACUUCCUUCUCGAGAAGCGGGGAUGGUCGCGCAGCUCUGCGCUCUAGUGUCCGAGAGUUCCUUGCGAAGGAGGCCAUGCAUUUUUUAGGCGUGCCCACUGCGCGAGCACUGGC